ACAUGAUAGCCAGAGAGAAUUCGGGGAGGAGGAAAGGUUUUUCUUUGCAGUCGUUCGUCAUAUGAUUAAAAGUCCAGCGGAAAACUGAAAAUGUUGCGAAUUUGCGUGAUUUUCUCGCUGUUUAUUGCAGCCAUUAAUGCCGCUGGCGAAUUCACGGUUCUGAACCGCCCGAAGGCAAUCAGUUUCAAGGGCAACGAUGCACUGGAGAGCCAAUACGUUGGCGACGUGCUCUACGCUUCGCUGGGAAACGCUGUCAUCGGGGACUCCAACUGGAGCGGACUGACGAUCAAUGAUCCCUUCAACCUGGCCAAGGGUGUCAUCGUCGUUCACGUUCAGGGUCUUGGACACGUGACUACCGCCGGCAAUGUCAAGUCCUACGAACUGACGGGAUCCUCAACUGAUGCCUCCCUGAAUGCCUUGGCCGCUGAAUUGGAGGCCGCCAAUGAGCCCGUUUGCGACAUCAACUUCGAGCAGUUCGACGAUGGUGUUCAAGCCUGGAAAUCGUGUUUUGGCGACUUCGAGGCCCCAGCUGCCAAGCCCUCCAAGCACCUGAACCCCACCCUGCAUUCCGCCGACAAACAGUUCCUGCAGGAGGUUGGAUUCGUCAACAGUGCUGCCGAUCACCUGGCUGAGAUGGCCAAGCCCUCGAAUGUUCUGCUGCUGCGCGUGUCCGUCGAUGGAGUAGCCAAGGCUCAUGGCGAGAAAUCCGUGGCCGUGGAUGAGGCCAACAAGCUGCUGUCCGCUGCCAUUGGUCGCCUGCUGGCCGCCUCCCAGAAGUCCAGCGACUCGGUCCUGUUUGUGCAGACCACGGAGAAGGAUAUUGCUGUGUCCCGCGCUAAGCGUGAAGCCGUGCCUCCCAACACCAGCAGCAACCCUUUCAACCUGGCCGUUUACUAUAACAGUGACUACCCGGUGAUCUUCAACAUCAUCCUAUGGUUCAUGGUCGUCUUUGGACUGUCGCUGCUGGCCAUCUGCUAUGCCAUCGCUGCCAUGGAUCCCGGCAGGGACUCCAUCAUCUACCGCAUGACUUCCACCCGCAUUAAGAAGGAUAACUAAACGUGCAGGAGGAGGAGCGAAGGAUCGAGAGGAGCUUGCGUUACGCUUUGUUAUUUCGUCCCCUUUUUGAGUUGCAAUUGGCCAACUUCUACUUCAAUCCAACAGCGGAUAAAUUGUGUGUAUGUGUGUGUGUGCAAACAGCUGUCGCAGUAGUUGGUUAAAUUAUCUAUACAUAAGUAUUAACAAACUUAUCAGUUUUCGAUGCAGUUGCGGCUGAGCAACAAUUCCAUAGUAAUUUGUUAUAUUUUCCUGUUUUGUUGUACUUUUUAGGUUUAUAUAUAUACGAAUAUGCACAACAUACUCGCCAAGUCAGUCAGUUCUUCAAAUAAUUCAUCAUAUGUAAAUUACCAAAAUGUGGAGUGUUAAAAAGUAACGUUAAAUAUAUAUAGCCUAAAAAGACAAA